AUGGCCCUCGCUUGCCAGACUCGCGCCACCCAGGUGGCCAAGCAGACCCGCGGCGUCUCGGCCCGCGUGUCUCGCGCCCGCGUGGUCCGCGCUCAGGCCCGCGCCGGCAACUGGCUCCCCGGCUCCGCUGCCCCCGAGUGGCUGCCCGACAGCCUGCCCGGCAACUUCGGCUUCGACCCCCUCGGCCUGGCCAAGGACCCCGCCUCUCUGGCCCGCUUCACCGAGUCUGAGGUGAUCCACGGCCGCUGGGCGAUGCUCGGCGUGGCCGGCGCCCUGGCUGUUGAGCUGCUGGGCUUCGGCAACUGGUUCGACGCCCCCCUCUGGGUGAGGGGCUCGGGUGGGGUGGUGACGGUGGCGGUGCUGCUGGCUGCCGUGAACGGCGGCAACGCCACCUGGUUCGGCAUCGAUGUGCCGUUUGACCUCAACACCCUCCUGGCCAUUGAUGCCACCAAGCGCAUCUACCCCGGCGGCCCCUUCGACCCCGCGGGCCUGUCCAAGGGCAACCUGGAGGAGCUGAAGCUGAAGGAGGUCAAGAACGGCCGCCUCGCCAUGGUGGCCUUCCUGGGCUUCGUCGCGCAGCACGCCGCCACCGGCAAGGCGCCCCUGGCCGCCCUCUCCGAGCACGUGUCGUCUCCGUGGGGCGCCAACUUCGCCACCAACGGCGUGUCCCUCCCCUUCUAA